CACAUAUCCUUGCUUUCAUGCAUGGGCUUCUGCAAUUUUUGUUGGAGUUUAUGAACCUACAAAGCAGAAAUUGUUAAAGAUGUUUCCUGAAAAUCUAAGCGCUUUAGCUCAUUUUGUUGUAAGGCAAAGGAUGCAAACGGGGCAAUUCACAUCCUUCUCUGCUGCUGUUCGCUUUAUUGCUGCUAAGGAGGGCUUCAAAGGACUCUAUGCGGCAAAGAGAGAGCUCAACGAUCCUGAGAAUGCUAUAAUUGGAGCUUUUGCAGGUGCAUUAACUGGAGUUAUAACCACUCCCCUUAAUGUGAUUAAAACUAGACUAAUGGUACAGGUAAGGCCAUCUGCUAUUCCGCAUGAUACUUGUCUCCCCUUGAUAACUAACUACGCCAUUCAAGAAAAAGCUGAUGUGGUGACCGGCCAUGGGAGAAACACAUUUGCAGCGGAGGAUUCUUGCCCGGGCAAACAUCACCCCUUCAUGACUACAGCCAAAGAAAUAGUCAAUUCCAUGACCAUUUCCAUGACCGAUCAAGCCCACAUGCCACACAAGCCCAGCCCUUCACGUGGCUGA